AUGGUUGGUGCACUCACCAAAGCAGUCACUAAUGGACUAGUGACAGUAGUCUCCUCCCAUGUAGCACAACUCAAGUGGCCUGGCUUUGGACAAUUGAAGCCAGACAACGGCUUGACUCUCACAGGCUCAGUGAGGCAGAGGGUGCACAUGUACCCACUCUUUGUACACCUCAUCCUGGUCAACUUCAAACCAGAUGACCCCUCUGCACUAAACUCUGGCCCUGGAAAAAUCAUAAGGCGAUUAAAUGCGCCAAGUGCCAGCAAAUGGGGUCACAUCACAGCACACCUGCAGACACUGAUAGAUGCUCACAAGUCAACACCUGAAUUGGGAGGUAAAGAUGGGCACAAAGCAACCACAGAGGAUGUGGCUAUUCUGACCUCCCCCUCAGCAUCAGGUGCCCUUGAAGAACUCCCCACUCAGGUGGAAGGGUUUCCUCUCCCACUCUGCACCCCAGCCAUCAAUUCCACCACAAACAGCCCUGCUACAACAACCAACAGCACAUCAACACCAGCACUGCAGCCAGCUACUCCUACCUCACAUGCCCAUAGCACAUCCACCAACAUUCCAUCCCAAGCCUAUGCACAAUAUGCUGCAGCCCCCACUCCCCUUCCUGCAUGUCCCCAAGCCCUGACUACUGAACUUGGUGCUCUUCCCCCUCCAUCUGUGAUAGUAACUGAUGGUGAAUUUCAGCAGCAAGUCAUGGUAAUAGUGGCAGCCAUACAGAAGGUAAUUGGGCAGUUGGUGCCAUACACAAAGCAGAGAACAAAAGAACUCAUGGGGAUGAAAAAGUGGAAGAACAAGAUGAGUUGUGCUCACAAUGAGCUUAACACUGCAACCCCAUUCAUGAAGAGUUUAUACAGGAAAUUCACCCAUGAAGAUCUGGCAUGCAUAAUUGCUGGCCUUGACCUCUACAAGACCAUCAGCCCUGACGGCAUACCAAACACUGUCUACAUCAGAUGCCAGGCCACACUCAUUCCACAUCUCCUCCCAAUCUUCAAUGCUGCUGUUGUCUCAGGGUUCUACUAUGACCCAUGGUGGCUGUUUACUAUAGUAGUGCCCCAAAACUCAGCAAACUGGAUUAUGUGGUACCAGAAGCAUACCGCCCCAUUGUAUUAG